AUGGCGGACGAACUGGAUUACCUCUAUCCAGACUUCGAUCUCAACUCCCUCACCGUUCCUCGACUCCGCUCUAUCCUCGUCAAUCACGAUGUUCCAUACCCUGCGUCAGCGAAGAAAUCUCAGUUGAUCGAGAUCCUCCACGAUGAAGUGCUUCCACAGGCGCGAAAGAUCUUGCGCGAUCGUGAGAGAGUGCGACGAACAAGUGCAGGAAUCACAGACAUGGGCAGUCGAUCGAAUUCAGUGGCUAGCGACAUAGAUGAAAGGGACUCGAUGCCUCCUCCCCCCACGCCUUCGACCGUCGGCUCCACAAGCAGAGGCCAGCGAGGCACCUCGCGACGUAGUACACGUCAGUCAACUGCGGAUACCGAUGAUGGGUUUGCACCCACCACCCCAGCUAGAGCGCCCAAGCGCACGAGUGUGGCUCGAUCGGUGGGUAAGCAUGUCCGCACUUCGGAUACGGAAACUGGCGAUGAUACACUCGCCACCCCUGUGGCUGCUACACGCCCUACGCCUCGUAAAUCCACCGCCAAGAAGCUGCGUCGCAGCGAAGUUCUCCCUUCCACAGAGACCGAGGAACCCACCCCUGGGAUUAAAUCAGAACCCCGCGAUGACGGCAUGUUUACAGACGAUAACCCUUUCCAGAGUGGAAGUCCGGAAGCACCCAAGAGUACAAGGAAGAGCCUCGAGGCUAAACGCAAGAGUGGCUCGCGCCUGUCUACCGAAAGCCCAGCUCGCGGUCGACCACUCAGAUCGCGACUAUCAGCAACACCUUCAAGUCUCCACCAGGAUGACGGUUACCAGGCUCCCCGGCGCGAGUCAUUUGAUUUUGCAUCGCGGCUUUUGCCAACACAGGAAGAGCCAGAAGAGUCGGAGGAAUCUGAGGAGGAUGACGAUGAGAGUGAAGUUAAUGCGGGUGAAGAAUUCACCCCGGAGGAACAGCUCGCCAUGUCUAUGGAACAGCACCAAUAUCCGCCACAAGUUCAAAGACGACGUACUCAGAAUCAGGGAGCUCUCAGCCGCUUGGCACCUUGGGUGGUGAUUCUUUCUCUCGCCGGCAGUUUUGGAACUUGGUGGCGCAAAGAAAAGCUUGAGAUUGGAUACUGUGGUCUGGGCAAGCCCACUUGGUCUUUGGCUGAUACUAAGGUUCCUGAUUGGGCGAAUGUUCUGGAGCCUCGAUGUGAGCCGUGCCCAAGCCACGCUUUCUGCUACCCUGACUUCGAGGUGCGCUGCGAAAAUGAUUUCUUGUUGAAACCGCACCCUCUCGCUCUGGGUGGCUUGGUUCCUUUGCCUCCCACCUGUGAACCUGAUAGCGAAAAAGCACGUCGUGUGAAGGCAGUCGCCGAUAAAGCCGUUGAAGAGCUUCGCGAACGUCGCGCGAAGUGGGAAUGUGGACAGCUGAAAGAUGAUGGCAAAGAUGUUCGCUCCCCUGAUAUCAGCGAGCCCGACCUCAGAGAAGAGGUAGCGAGAAAGCGCCGCAGGGGCUUGAGUGACAGUGAAUUUGAGGACCUUUGGAAGGGUGCAAUUGGAGAGGUGAUUGGCAAGGAUGAAGUUGUUAGCAAGACUAAGCAACCUUCCGGCGUCGUCGUCUUAUCCUCCACCUCAAUCGCGAGGCUCCCCCUCAGAUGCGCCAUCCGCCGCCACUUCCGACUCGCUCUCGUCGCGUAUCGACUCCCUAUUUUCCUUCUAAUCUUGGUUCUUGGUCUCCUCGGGUAUGCUCGCGCACGCGUCCUUGCCCGCCGCUCUGAUAUCGCCCGCGUCCCCGAACUAGUAGCUACCACCCUCGACCGCCUGUCUACACAGGCUGCGCUUUGUGCCCGCGGCGACGCCAAAGAGCCCUACGUCUCCAUUGGACAGCUGCGUGAUGAUGUCCUUCGCUUUGAGCUACAGGGCAAGCGUCGUGAGGAGCUCUGGCGCCGCGUUUCCCGCUUCGUUGAGGGCAAUGCGAAUGUUCGUGCUGCUAUUCGUGAAGGACGGAGUGGUGACGUUUCUCGGGUCUGGGAGUGGAUUGGUGGAAUCAACGCCAUCAGUGAGCCUGACCAAAAUCGACGUCGUGAGAGUGCACGAUUCUCCAUUCCCUCUCCAUCUGGUAAUAUUGCCAUGGGCCCGCAGACUCCUAAAGACGAGGGCAACCCCGAGCCACUGUCAAGCCCACGAGAGAACCGUCGUUGGGAUGAGGGCCGUCCUAUCUAUUAA